CAUGAGCCAUGAAUCAAGAGAAUAUGACCUAUAAUUGUCAAAUUUACUGUCGUAAAUAAUCAUUAGAUUCGUGUGAAUUUGUCAGAGGAAAACCAUGAAUUUUUCUAAUUACAAGAAAAUUUAUGUGAUUUUUGUAUACGCGAGAUGUUUGAGAAGUGAUACUGAAUCUCUUGCAUUUGAAAAACCCUCGAGUAAAAUUUGUACAGUAACUAAAAACGGUGGAUAUACUGAAAUUGGCGUUUCGGGUAUGUUCAAAGACAUUCUCAGUGAUAAUAAAGUGAUAUUUAUUCGAUUCAGGAUUUGUGGAAUACCGAAAAAUAGAAAAUAAAGAAGUAUCACUGAGAGAGAUUGCACAUCAGAUCGACUACGUAAUUUCGAGAAUUGUUGACCCUACAAAGUCAGAGAAAUUUGCCUUUAAUACAUGGGAUAACAUCGUCAAGAAAAUGCAGAAUAAGCCCAUAGAACGGCUUCCAUGAACAGAUCCCAAUCUACCAAAAUGGUGACGAGACCCAGUAACUCUUAUCGAACUCCUCCGGGAUCGCGGGGAACGAGCCCUUUGAGAAUUAUCAAUAAAAACCAGAUAAAUUCUUCUUCACCAUCAUCUUCUUCUGAUAACUUGAGGAAGUCUCCGACGAAGUCAUCCUUCCGGAAGGGCCAGAGUCCGGAUCGUCGCAAGAAUGGAGUUUCCGGUCAAUCAUCGAAUUUAAGAGAGAGUCCUGUGAAAGUUCCUAAGCAACUGGUGAAAUCUGGAGGUAGCGAGAAUGGUAGCAUAGAGAAGUUAGAUGUGGACAAUAACUUCCAGAGAAUAAUUACCAGUUACAAUCAAGCGGAGGAUAACAUUAACGUUGUUGUGAGGGUGCGACCAUUGAGCGACAAAGAGCUACGAGCAGGAGAAAACUCUGUCGUGCAGUUUCCAGGAAACGGACAAGUCCUGGUGGAUGGAAUACCAGGAGGCCCUAGCGGUGGCCAAAAACCCAAGCUGUUCUCGUAUAACGUUGUCUUCGAACCAGCGGCCACCCAAGAAGACGUUUUGCAGUUUUCGGGAAUGGAAAGGCUCAUCGAGAUGGCUGUGGAAGGUUUCCGGUGCACUUGUUUCUGUUACGGCCAAACCGGAAGUGGAAAGACGCACACCCUCACUGGGCCACCUGGCCUGUUCGGCUUGAAGAAAACUCCGUACAGCGAUCAGCACGGGCUCAUUUUUCGCUCCUUUGUGUAUCUAUUUCAAAAGCUCCAAGAACAGCCCGAACUCCAUUUCAUUCUGAAAGCUAGUUUCCUAGAAAUCUAUAAUGAAAAGGUUAUAGAUCUUCUUAAUCCAGGAAGUGCUAGAAAACCGUUAGCAGUUAGAUGGAGCAAGAAAGCUAGAGGAUUUUUCGUGGAAAAUUUAUUCACAGUCGAUUGUGAAGAACUUGACGAUCUGAUAGCUGUUUUGGAAGAAGGCAUGAGAAAUAGAUCUGUUGGAAGACACAAUAUGAACGAUUAUUCAAGUCGGAGUCAUACGAUACUGAGCGUGAGUAUAACUUCAGAACAACCCGCAGAAGGCGGAGUUUUCAUUUCGAGGUCUGGAAAAAUCAACUUCGUUGAUCUUGCUGGAAGCGAGAUGACGAAGAAGACUCAAAGCGAAGGAAAAACUUUGGAAGAGGCGAAUAAUAUCAAUAAAAGUCUCAUGGUCUUGGGUUACUGCAUUUCUUCUCUGAGCGAUCCAAGAAGGAAAUCUUCACACAUUCCUUACCGUGACUCUAAGUUGACCAAGCUGCUUGCAGACUCGUUAGCGGGAAAUGGAGUAACGCUGAUGAUAGCUUGCAUUUCUCCAGCUAGGUCGAAUAUUCACGAAACUCUCAAUACUCUCCGAUAUGCGGCGAGGGCUAAGAAAAUUCGUACGAAACCGAUUGUGUUGAUGGAUCCACGGGAAGCUUUAAUCUUAAGCUUGAAGAGGGAAGUGAGUGUUUUACAGACCGAAAACGACCAUCUGCGAUCUGCGUUAAGCUAUUCUGGAUCGUCCAUUGGCGACUCGUCUAAUGAACGUCGAGUUAUCCAAACGCCUCCGCGUGUGGAUCUGGAGCAACUCGCCAGUUUAGAAGGACCUCAACUGGCCGAACUUAUCAAAUUGUAUAUGAUAGAAAACGAGGCGUUGAAAAAGGAUAACGAGGAACUCUUCACUUCCCGAGAUCUUCUCCAGAGGGACCACGAACUCGUGUGCAGAGAGAACGAACGCCUGAUAAAAAAGUUGGAGGAAGUCAAUUCAAUAUGUUGCAGAUCUCCCCUGAUACCGGCUAGACCAGCGUUUUCUGCAGAAGUUUUGAACGGCUGGACAGACACAACGAAUAUCUGGACCAAUCCUAUUCCUGAUAAAUCGCCGGAUAAUUCACCUCCAACUCAACUACCAGAAUCCAUCAGAAGAGAGCUAAAUAAACGACAACUUGGAAACGGAAUUGGACAACGAAGGCAUAACUCGCUCGAAGACAAAUCGAAUGCAGCACGAAUGAUUCGUUUGAGGACAUCUGAAUCUUUUGAUAAUAAUAAAAAUGUUAGCAAUGAAAACAGAAUUGGUCCAGAAUCAAACACUACAUGCGAAGAUUCUUCCCAAAGACGUUUCUCCGUUGCACUGCCUAACAAAUCAAAGAAUCGAGAGGUAUUUGGCAGCAUUAUAUCCUUAACAGACGAUGAAGAUUUGAAUUAAUCAUCUCAAGAGUUUUUACUUGAUAUGCAAACUUCCUUCUUCCAGGGUGUGUCAUACCUGGACGUUUUUAUAUUCAAACAAAUCAAUAGGACAUAAUGAAUUUCAAACAGUGAUGUAGCGUUAUAAUGAGAAUAUAUUGAAAGUUGGUUACUUAUUGUUGAAACUAGGAAAUAUAUUUUCACUCCAUA